UUGAUAAUAUUGAUUUUCAAAAGAACUAUAUUAUGUAUUUUUCCAUAAAUACAAGUGAUGUUAUUAAGAAAUAUGUUGUUUAGAAAAAAAUCCUUAACUAAUAAAUAUUGUGGAGUCUGGAAAAAUCUUUAGUGAUACGAAGAGUAGUGUAUAACCGAAAUACGAAAUGGUUAGAUUAUAUAAUUUGCUACUUCUCUCUAUAUUUUGUUCUGCUGCUACUUGGGCAGCUAUAAUUCAAAAUAGAGCAAAUAGAGCUGAAUACGAUAUGUAUGGUAAUUACAAACCCACAGAGUUCCAUAAAUAUAGCACGGAUUGUUGUAUAGUACCGGAGUGUGAUUUAUACAGGUGCGCCUUGGUAAAUAUGCAAAUAAAGUAUGCAAAAAGGCUUUUGUGCUUUGCAUGGCAUUUCAACAAAAAGAGUGGAACGCCUAGCGAUGUGCUUAAAACAGAAGAUAAAUUUUUUUUUUCAACAAAAUAUAAAAUCUUUAUCUAUAAAGCCCAUAUGGAUAAAAUACAGUGUAGCGAAACUACAAAUUUUCCAGUUUAUUUUAAUUUCAACAUACAGCGUUAUAAUUUUCAGUUUCAAAUGCCAUCAAAUCUGUAUCAAUUCAAACUAAAACUAAAGAAAGCCAAAUAUUCCAACAUUAUGCAGUUGGCUAAGGAAUAUGUUCCACAGGUUGAUAUGGUAUAUUAUAAUUCAUUGAAUGUUUCUGAAUAUCCAGCCAAUGGUAACGAUACAGACAUGACGGAUGAGGAUAUUGGAGAUUAA